AUGACUAUGGAAAAUCCAUCUUGUUUUCUGUACGGGCCCGGAACUGCCAAAUUCGAGAACAGCCCAUACCCAACCAUCACGGAUGAACAUGAUGUCGUUCUGAACAUUUCUUUCGUUGGAGUUUGCGGCAGCGAUGUUCAUUUUUGGAAUCAUGGGGGAAUCGUAAAUAAAGUUGACCCCUCACGCCCGCUGAUCAUGGGUCAUGAAGCAUCCGGAGUCGUCUGGGAAAUAGGUAACGCAGUGACUUCCCUCAAGAAAGGCGAUAGAGUGGCCAUUGAACCUGGCUUCCCCUGUCGUCGGUGCAAGAACUGUAAAUCUGGACGCUACAACCUGUGUCCUCAGAUGACCUUUGCAGCGGACCCACCCUAUUCGCAUGGGACACUCAGAAAAUACUACAAAAUCCCAGAGGACUUUUGCUACAAACUGCCAGACUUCGUGGCCUUGGAUGAAGGCGUGCUUGUGGAGCCAUUGUCUGUUGCUGUACAUGCUUCCCGACAGGCCGAUAUCAAAGUUGGACAAGACGUGGUUGUCUUCGGAGCUGGCACUGUCGGGGUGCUUUGUGCAGCUGUUGCAAAAGCUAUGGGGGCAAGGAAGAUUAUCUCGGUGGACGUCAAUGCCCCCAGGCUGGAAUUUGCUACCGAUUUUGCGGCGACGGGUUCCUAUCUACCAGCACGCGAGGAAUCACUUGAAGAGACAGUACGAAAGAUCAAAGAUGUUCACGCUCUGGACGAAGGUGCAAACGUAGUUCUCGAAGCCACCGGAGCGGAAAUUUGUAUCGAUGUCGGCAUCCAGGUUCUACGGCGUGGCGGGACAUUUAUCCAGGUUGGACAUGGAAAGUCUAAGGUCCAGUUUCCCAUUGAGGCACUGUCUGAGAAGGAGAUCAAUCUGAAAGGCAGCUUUCGCUAUGGAGCUGGUGAUUACGAAUUGGCGAUGCAUCUUUUGGAUUCGAAAAAGGUUGCGGUCAAGGACCUGAUUACGGGCGUGUUUCCUUUUGAAGAAGCAACUCAAGCGUGGGAGUGCACGAAGAGUGGUCAAGGUAUCAAGACUCUCAUCCGUGGAGCCACUUGA